CCCAGACUCCCCAAUAUCUCCCCUCUUAUCUUAACGCCGGCACAACCCCAUCCACACAUACACACAAUGUCGACCAACCCCCGAUUCGACCCUAACUUCACUCCCUAUGUGGUCAAUGCCAUGGGACCCAAAACCCCUGAGCGCGCUCGCGUUGUCUUGGGGGCCUUGAUCAGACACAUUCAUGACUUUGCUCGUGAGGUUGAGCUCACCCCCGCGGAGUGGAUGCUUGGUGUGGAAUUCAUCAACUCUAUUGGCAAGAUUAGCACUCCUAUCCGUAACGAAUGCCAUCGUAUCUGCGACGUUAUUGGACUCGAAUCCCUCGUCGAUGAGAUCGCCAACAAAAUUGUCACAGAACAGGGGCUUUCCCCCACCUCUAACGUGAUUCUCGGUCCCUUCUGGUCGCCCAAAGCUCCAUUCCGUAACCUGGGCGAUAGCAUCAUCCAGGACCCCAACCCUAACGGCAAGGUCACCUACAUGCACGGUGUUAUCAAGGACAUGGAAACCGGACAGCCUAUCGCCGGCGCUGUCCUCGAUAUCUGGCAGGCUUCCGCCAACGGACAGUACGACUUCCAAGACCCAGCGCAGAGUGAGAACAACCUCCGCGGCAAGUUCAGAUCGAACGAGAAGGGAGAGUUCUUCUGGUACUGCUACCACCCUACUCCCUACUCCCUGCCUACCGACGGCCCCGCUGGUGUGCUCCUCAACAUCAUGGACCGCUCCCCGAUGCGCCCGGCUCACAUCCAUCUCAUGAUCACUCACCCUGACUACGCUACCGUUAUCAACCAGAUCUAUCCCAGCGAUGACCCGCAUCUCGAUAUCGAUUCUGUUUUUGCUGUUAAGGAUGAUCUUGUCGUCGAGUUCAAGCCCAAGACCGACGACCCCAAGGCCCAGCUCGACCUCGAGUACAAUGUCAGCAUGGCCCUCAAGAAGCACCACCCCAACCCCAACUCUGCACCCCCAGUUUCAUCGUUCGAGCGCUAUAACAAGGCCGGCGGCGAGAAACUAUAGAAAACUAGCUACCGUGGUGAUCCCACCACUGAUGUACAUAUAUCCAUUUUUUUUUUUUUUUUCAAAAGAAAACCUCGAGAGACAAGCCAAUACCCCUACGGAAGGGGCAAAUGGCGAAGGAUGUUUCCCAGGCUGAGGUCCCUCCAGGUUCAAGGUCACAGAUAGGGUGGCGCCGGCGUCACCAGGGAUAUAUGAUCCCUAAUCAAUAGUGUGUGUGUGUGUGUGUGGCUGGGGUCUGGGGAGCUGAGCAGACAGAAAGCUUUGGUUUCUACACCUUGUGAUGGUAGAUGAUUUUCAUGACGCAUCGAAAUCUUAUAUUUAUUUUCAAAC